AUGCCAGGCAAGGGGCAAGUCUAUGCCGGAGGCACUACGGACGAAUUCGUCACCGCCUGGCAGAAAGUCCACGCUGCUGUAGCCAACAACUCCAAACCCCUCAUAUUCUGGUGCCCAAAUUACGACACUGUUGAGAACAUCCAACCCUGCUGGCCUGGAGCUGAGUAUGUCGACAUCGUUGGCAUGGACGACUACCCUCCAGCCGAGACAGCCUUCGCCAGCGUGUAUGGCGCUUUCUGUGAUGGGUUCGCUGCUCGCUACAACAAGCACUUUUGCAUCGGAGAGACUGGCUCUUUCAACGGUGGCACCCUUGAGGCGAAAGAAGCUUGGGUUUCCCAGCUCAGUGAUGUGGAUCUGAAUAGAUUUCCUUGCUACAAGUCCAUCACGUGGUUUGAAUAUCUCAAGGCGAGUGACGAUGGCGGCUCGGAGUACGAUUAUCGUAUCAUUCAAGGGCAGCUGCCGGCGCCGGUUGAACAGACGUUGUCAAACUUCAGACAGUUGGCUCGCCUGACAAGAUGCGUGGCUCGGGCGUCGAGAUUUGCAUCUGUAUUUAUUCUCAGUGGCAAGCUUGGACAAAGGGAUAUCAGCUGCUAG